GCUCAUCUAAUACCUGCUGAGGUUAGGUAUCCAGUUUAUUAUUAGCAGUCAGACCCCGGUCGCAAUAACCUUAUGGCAAAAAUCAAUCCAUUAGGGGGUCUGGGAAUUGGACCACCAUAAAUAUGCCGCUGUUGAAGGCCUCCAGAUUGUUAAGAGAAUUAUGUUGUAAAAUCAACGAAAUUCUCCAUACAUUCUCUCCACAUUAGACCGACUGUGUUGUAAUUAAGUUCCACUGGCUCUGACUUUGGAUUCAUGCUGUUGGUGAUUGAAGCUUCUUCAACCUCUUGUCUUGAGCUCAAUACAAGUCAUCAAAAACACUGGUUACAAUGACAACAAGAUUGGAUCGCCUGUUCCUUCUGUUGGAUACUGGGUCCACCCCAGUGACUCGCCAGGCGGCAGCACAGCAACUGGGGGAGGUGCAAAAGCUCCACCCACAUGAACUCCACAACCUCCUCGCAAAGAUUCACUUUUAUUUGAGGAGUUCCACCUGGGAAACGAGAAUAGCCGCUGGUCAAGCCAUAGAAGCAGUAGCUAAGCAUGUGCCUCACUGGGCACCAAUCAAGAAGAUCAAAGAAGAGGGUUCAGUUGGGAGCAGCGGACCACGCAUUGCCACACCUGUCCACCAAGAGCGGGAGGCCGACCAGCUCAAGUUUGACAAAUUUGACGUGAACCGGGUCCUGAGACAUGGUUCGUCGCUGCUUGGCUCGGCAGGAACUGAGUAUGAGCUGGACCUGGAAGAGACAGGUCUGGACCCCAAGGAGAGGCUCAUCAAGCAGAGACGACUGCUACAGAAGCGGCUGGGUCUUGAUGUGGGUGGAGUCCUAGGCAUGGACUCGGAGGAGUUGUUUAACGAUGAAGACCUGCUUAUCAAGAAGGAGGCAACUGCCAAGGCAGACAGUAACACACUCAAACUUCCAACCUCGGCUGCAGAUAUUGUGGCCCAGGAGAUGGCUCAGAUGGGUGCUGGCCUGAGCUCACGGGAGAAGAACCGGGCCAAGCGCAAGGCCAAACAACUGCUUAAGCAACGAUCCAAGGAGAACACUGAUGCUACAUGUAUGGGCUCCGGUUUGGAGAAUAUGGCUGAUGAACCAGUCGGUAAGAAGGCCAAGAUUGUCAAGGUUUCCAGCCAGUCGUCAUUCUCAGAUAAACCACAGUCAGAUCAACCUGCAGACAGCAACAUUUUCUAUGAGGAGCCUGGUGAGUGGCCCUUUGCCUCCUUCUGUGAGCAGCUGAGCACCGACCUCUUCCACCAGUCUUGGGAGGUGCGGCAUGGAGCGGCUACUGGCAUCAGGGAAGUUGUCAAGGUGCAUGGCCAGAGUGCUGGCAAGUCAGUUGACCAGCCCCUGGACCAGCAAGAGAGUUUGAAUCAGAUGUGGAUGGAAGACAUGGCACUCCGAUUACUGUGUGUGUUGACUUUGGACCGUUUUGGAGACUUUGUCUCAGAUGAGGUUGUGGCCCCAGUUAGAGAAACCUGUGCCCAAGCCCUAGGGGUUGUAUUGCACCAUAUGACCACCGCUGGUGUGCACGGUGUGCUGGGGGUCCUCUUGCAGCUCCUGUCCCAGGAGCAAUGGGAGGUCAGACACGGUGGUCUACUUGGGAUGAAAUACCUUCUGGCUGUCAGAAAGGAGAUGACCGAUGAGCUGCUACCAGCUGUCUUACCGUCCAUCGUGCACGGCCUGCAGGACGAAGAUGAUGAUGUGAGAGCAGUGGCAGCAGCUUCACUCAACCCAGUGGCUGGCGCUUUGAUCAGAGUGUGUCAUGCACAGGUUCCCACUAUCCUGAGCACCCUCUGGGACACCCUGCUGGAGCUGGACGACCUGACAGCCUCCACUAACAGCAUCAUGACCCUCCUGGCAUCCUUGCACUCCUACCCUGCAGCCCUGGUCUGCCACGGCCAGAGCACCACUACCCUGAUGCCCAGACUUUGGCCUUUCCUGCGGCACAAUAUAACAUCAGUCAGGAGAGCCGUGCUGGAGACGCUGUGUACAUUGCUGCUGGCAGACCAUCAACAGGUUCCAACAGAUGUGUGGCUUCCGCCAGUACUGCAGGACGCGUUGAGACACAUCUUUCAGCGUUGUAUCUUGGAGUCCAACCCUGACAUAUUGGCUCUCAUUGAUAAGGUGUGGGAUGCCUUGUUGGAAAAGUCCCCGCUAGACAUGCUAGUGACAGCAUCGUGUCCUUACAUCAGCGCGUGGAUGUGCCUCGCUAUGCAGCCUUCCAGGGUUCCCAUUGAUGUGAACAUGCUGAUUGAGGCUAAGCACAAAGUCAAGGAAUCUAAAGGUCUAAGCAAGAGCUGGAAGAGCCAACAGACCGUCAAGGAGGACGACAGAAAGUACAUUGGAGGGGACACUUCACUCAGUGCCUCAGUGACUGAGAGGGAGUCUGUAGUCCUCCAAGCUAGAAUAAGGGCUGCAAGGUUACUUGGUCGCGUUGCUCCGUACAUCACCAGCCAUAGGCUGUCUGCUGAGUUCAACGCCUGUGAGUCCCUUGCACAGAUUCUCAUCUUUCACCUCAAAAGCAAGUCGGCCAUACAGAGGAUGGUGAUUGGCCUUAUCAUUGAGGAAUGGGCACAGACAAGAAAGGAAUUCCAGUGUCCAGGAGCUGUCAAGGCUAAACUUCUAGAAAUCCUGUCCUGCACCAUGUACUUCGAUGAGGUGUCAGUGCCUUUUAUGAAAAUGCAGUCAGAAUGCAAGAUGCUUAUAAGUGCAUGGUGUGAUGUAAGAAAAGAUGUCCAGCCAGUCCAGUUUCCCAGUGCUUUUACUGUGGAGCAGGCAAACGCUCUGUCGGAGUCCAUCCAGGGCCAGUUGUCUCAAGCAGGUUUGCCGGCUAGGACUAGUCAAGACAUACAGCAGAGAUGCAAACACAUCCAGGGAAGCAUUGAGGAGAUUAAUACAGAGCAGCAGAUACUUAGUACAAGGACACAGGCAUGCCUGGCCUCAGCUGUGAUAGCCUCGAAGUCCCUGCCGGAGAAGCUCAACCCGAUCAUCAAGCCCCUGAUGGACAGCAUAAAAAAGGAGCAGAUAACAAUCAUGCAGAGCCAUGCUGCCAACAGCUUGGCCAGCUUGCUGGAGCAGUGCACCAGCCGCAACCCCUGCCCCUCCCCCAAGAUCAUCAAAAACCUAUGCAGCAGUCUCUGCAGCGACCCCAACGUCACCCCCAACGCAGCUCAGCCAUUGGGUUCGCUGGACCUGACAAGACCACCUGUUUUCAGCAAAGCGUCUGUUGCUGGGUGUGCUGCUGGGUCCAGACCAUCAUCCCCACUCCCUGGAGCUGUCACUACUGUGCAGUGCGACAAGAGGGUUGGGAUACUCACUUUAGCAAAACAACAACAGAUAGCAGCCAUUACCGCAGCCAGCCGGCGGGCCGCCUACGCCCGAUCCCGCAGCAAAGAAUCCAGCAGCUUCUCAGAGACGGGCCUCUUCCUGGACCCCUCCAUUCUCACCGAGGGGAGCAGCCCCCAGAGCCAGCUUCAGCACCGAGGGGCCAAGUCUGCCCUGACUACCAUCGCUCGGCGAUUUGGGAUGGAUCUCAUCACCGGGGCGGGCAAGCUGUGGGAGCUAAUGACUGCUCCUUUGCUAGAACACCUUCAGCCAUCCAAGUUUGAUGCCAUCUUGCUGGAGGACAAGGAUGACCUAGCCCAAGAGCUAAUCAAUAGCCUACAAGUGUUUGAGGUACUAUGCCCAGCAGUGCAUCCAAACCUACACCCAAAGCUGACAGGCCUUCUUCCCAACCUGAUCCAGUGUCUGCAGCACCCUUACACCGCCGUCCGGCAUGUGGCAGCCAGCAGCCUGGGGGCACUGGGCCAGGUGGCCACGGCCGAGACCAUGAAUCGUGUCCUGGCAGAUGUGCUGCCUCUCCUGGGGGUGGCAGACAGCGCCACCCGGCGGGAGGGGUCCGUGGAGGCCAUGAUGUGUCUCAUCGAGCGGUUGGGCAUGGGUGUGGUUCCCUACAUUGUACUGCUGGUGGUGCCCCUGCUGGGGCGAAUGAGCGACCAGGUGGAAAGCGUGCGACUGACGGCUACGCACUGCUUCGCGACGCUGAUAAGGCUCAUGCCACUGGAGGCUGGGAUCCCAGACCCACCAGCGAUGGCAGUGUCCUUGGUCAAGCAGAAAGCUAGGGAACGGCGUUUCUUAGAACAACUCCUUGACAGUAAAAAGCUGGAUAGCUACGAAGUGCCGGUCACCAUCAAAGCUGAACUCAGGAAAUACCAACAGGAUGGUGUGAACUGGCUGGCAUUUCUCAACAAGUACAAGUUGCAUGGGAUUCUGUGUGAUGACAUGGGUCUGGGGAAAACGCUGCAGUCCAUCUGCAUCAUGGCUGGAGACCACUACCUCAGAGAAAGAGCACAUAAAAAAACGCAGCAUGCAGAUGCUGCCCCUCUGUCCUCCAUUGUCAUCUGUCCACCAACCCUCACAGGGCACUGGGUCUUUGAAAUUGAGAAAUUCUGCUCACGAGAGUACCUCCAUCCCCUGCACUACACUGGCCCGCCCACUGAACGACAAACGUUACGCAGUAGGGUUAAGAAGCACAACUUGGUUGUGGUGUCUUAUGACAUUGUCCGGAACGACAUCGACUUCUUUAAGACAAUUCAGUGGAAUUACUGCAUACUUGACGAGGGUCACAUCAUCAAGAAUGGCAAAACCAAGCUAGCCAAGGCCAUCAAGCAGUUGAGUGCAGCACAUCGACUCAUUCUGUCAGGCACACCUAUUCAGAACAAUGUGCUAGAGCUGUGGUCUCUGUUUGACUUCCUGAUGCCGGGCUACCUGGGAACGGAGAAACAGUUCACGGCCAGAUACGCCAAGCCGAUCAUUCAGAGCCGAGAUGCCAAGAGCUCAUCCAAGGAGCAAGAAUCUGGUGCCUUGGCCAUGGAGUCUCUACACAGACAGGUCCUUCCGUUCCUGCUCAGACGUCUCAAGGAGGAUGUGCUUGACGAUCUACCUCCCAAGAUCAUUCAGGACUAUUACUGUGAGCUCAGUGCUCUCCAGGUGCAACUGUAUGAGGACUUUGCCAAGUCUCGAGCUAAGAAGGGUGUGGAGGCAAGCAUUGACAGCCCAGAGGAGGGGGAGAGCCAGGCCAAACCCUUGGCACCAGCUACAAGUCACAUAUUCCAGGCACUUCAGUACUUGCGCAAGGUGUGUAAUCAUCCGUUACUUGUCCUGAACAAAAAACACCCUCAGUAUGACAACAUCACCGCCCAACUUAGCGCUCAGAACACCUCCCUGCAUGAUAUCGCACACGCACCCAAGCUGACUGCACUCAAGCAGUUGCUCCAGGACUGUGGCAUCGGCGUGGAGGUCAUGGUUAGCGAACAGGAAGGAUUGACAGAAGCCGUCGUGGGCCAGCAUAGGGUGCUGCUUUUCUGCCAGCUCAAGAGCAUGCUGGAUAUUGUGGAGAAAGACUUACUCAGGAAACACCUUCCGAAUGUGACCUACCUCAGGCUGGAUGGCAGCGUGCCUGCUGGCCAAAGGCAUGACAUUGUCCAUAGAUUCAACAACGAUCCUUCCAUUGACAUCUUACUGCUGACUACACAUGUUGGAGGCCUGGGGCUUAAUCUGACAGGAGCCGAUACUGUUAUAUUUGUGGAACAUGACUGGAACCCCACCAGGGACUUGCAGGCGAUGGACAGGGCCCACCGCAUUGGUCAGAAGAGAGUGGUCAACGUGUACCGCCUCAUUACCAGAGGAACCUUGGAGGAGAAAAUCAUGGGACUUCAGAAGUUCAAGAUGAACAUUGCCAACACCGUCAUCACCCAGGAUAACUCCAGUCUGCAGUCCAUGGGCACUGAUCAGCUCUUGGACUUGUUUUCCCUGGACCAGAAGCGGCCGGGAGGUUUUGAGGAAUCUAAGCAGGAGGCCUCGUCAUCAUUUGCAGGGAGCAAGGCCAAACAGACAGCCAGCAGUGUGCUGCAAGGACUGAGUGAACUAUGGGACGAGAAACAGUAUGAGACAGAGUACAACCUGGACAGCUUCAUGCAGUCGUUGUCCAGUUGAUACCAUGUGUCCACGUGAUGUAUCGUCUUAUUGACUUGUAUCAGCUUUGUGCCCAACCUGGUGAGGGGGCAAGCUCUUGUGAAAGCCCAGCUACAGGGGAAGGGCACCAACCCUCCUCUGGUUCAACGUGCACUGUUCAUCCUGCAGUUCUCCCACCAGCCUAGUCAAAGUGUGCUUGUGUCAGCUCAGCCAGUCGUUUUCAUAAAAGGUUUCAAUCAGACAAACAAAAUUGUGGUUAGGUCACCUAUUAUUCUGCCCUGAGCAUUCGGUGCAUGUAAUUGCUUGUGCAUCAGUUUUGACCUGAUUGACCCAUGAAACAAAAUCAGUGCAAUGAGAAGUUUGAGGAAAGACCAAUAGCAUGAAAGUACCUUUAAAUGGGGCCCAUGGGUACCAGCAAACAUUUGUUCACAUAUGAAGAACGUGAAAAAAAUGUGAGAGCAAGGGUUAAGCUUGACAGUGACACUAGCCCUCUUGUGUCUGAAUCAUGCUUGGCUGUGGCUGGUUGUACACACACUUAGCUCUGGGAGAUGGCCGCAGCCACUAUCCACUGGCUGCCACGAACAUGCAUGCAAUUUGCAACCAUUACCAAAUAAUAACAACAUAGCCUCCCACUCAAUGUAGAGUCUAAACAUGGCCAGUACAUCGUUGUCCACAUGACCUCAGAUGGAAAGUAUCUAAUUUGAAAAUCAAACACAGGCACCCAUGCCUUGUCAGAAUUCCUUAGUUUUUGAGAAGUCAGGAAAAAUGGAGUGGAAACAGUGCAUUAUAGCCACUCUUUUGAUUUGCUUAUGUAUGGCGCUCAACACAGGUUUCUCUCGCUAGUUACUCAUGAAUAUAGCCAAAGUUUGCAUAUAGGCUGCAUCCGAAUCUCUUGUAUAGAGCUAGGUCUAGGUCUUUGCUCCAUUGGAAAUGCAUGGAGACGUGCAGACAAUAGACCUAGCCGUAGCUCUGGAAUCCCGUUUCGGACACGGCCAUAAUCUCCACUUCAGUAACAAUAACAACUGGCAGCUGGCACCCUGAUACAAGAUGGUUUACACACCCUAGUCACCAUGAAUACAUGCACAUCCUUGCUAAUCAGACUUCAGGAAAGGCAUCAUUCUCAAGGUGCAAAGUAAUCAUAAAAAGUCCAGAUGCUUGGGCACUCUGUCUGUCCUGAACUCAUAGAUACUUCUGAUACCAGGUCAGGUUUCCAGUCUUAUAGAUAUUUGAUUUAACGUAAUCCAUGCCGCCCUCUCUUGGCACAUAUUUUCAGUCUUUAAGUAAUUUGAAGUCCCACCUACUUGUAGAUUCAAUGUUACUUGUACUUCUUGAUAGUAUUUGCCGCAUGUACAUUGAUUUACCAUAUAUCAGAAGUGGCUUAAUGAAAAGAUCUUUCUCCCUUUUAGAGUAUUACCAGGAUGACCAAGUUCAAGCCCCUGUCGUUGAUUGUAUGGUACCAUUUCAUGAUUCACUGAAAUAUUUAUUUGCAAAAUGGUAACCAACCAACAGCUUUCAGACGGUUGUUUUAAUUUCCCAGAUUUCACUUCUCUCCUUUUCAGAUUGAGCAUUGGAUUUAAAGAUUUUUAUAGUGGAACUAGUGUGAACUUAAAUGUUCUUUGGCAGAUAUUUGAGUUAGUGACAAAAAUGUUACUGUUGAAAAAGAAAUUGCAGAGAAAUGGAUUUUCUUCUUGAGACAUUAGCAAAUGAUACGGUGAAUGGAUCAUCAAUAACUUAAUUUUUGACAGGUAUGUAACUGAAUUAAUCACUUUGAAACUGUUCAAAAAUAAAGGUAACAUUGUGUAGUCAUUUUUGGAGUUGUUGUUCAAAUGUAUAGGUUUUGUAUAAAAGAUUUAUAUUACAGUCAAAUUUGAAAAGUCUACAAUAGCAUUUGUUUUGUUACAAAUGAAAAAGACAAGUUCAAUAACCCUGUGUUCAGCACCAUUAUAAUCAGUUGUAGUCAGUUGCUAGAUUGGUUAUCUAGUUUGUAGGUGCUUUGGUUAGUCUGUUGGUCGCUUUGUCAUACUGGUGAGUUGAUCAUGCCAGUCGAUAUGGGCAAUAUUUGUGUCACCAAUGGUGAAACAAGUUGGUCAGUCAGUAAGUCGGUCAGUAGGAUUAUACAAUAUCCCAUCUCAAAAAGGUGAAACAGUUUGGUCAGUCAGUAAGUCGGUCAGUUGGAUCAUACAAUAUCCCAUCUUAAUCAGCACUUUCAUGGUUGUUACAUUUGUGUGAACUGGCUUUAUGGCUGGCUUGUUUGAGGUAACUGACUCCAGACUGUGCAAAUUGUCUUUUUUUUCCUGUUUUUCAAAUUAUGCAGUUAAUGCACUUGUCGGAGCAGUGAAAGUUUUGUGAAUGGGGGUGAUUCAAAAGUGAAAAUGGACGGCAAAAUUUUUACAUGUAUUUUGAAAGAAAAGAGCCCGGGGCACAUUUCUUCACUGGCGUCUUCACUAAACUCUGCUGUAGUUAUCCAGUA